GCCUUUUUUCCUCGUCCACACAGUGCGGACUUGCUAGUCGACUCGACAGCAGCGCCGCCUGCCUGCAGCUCGGCGGCUGGAAACUUCGCGGGGCUCCGGCUCGCUUUUCACGCCGCUUCUUCAUGACUAGACGGCCGUGGCAUUUCCGCCUUCACAACGCUGAGAGGUCCCGGACGCUUCUGCUUCAGCGUCUUUUUCUUCGGCGGGAGGGUCGGGAGGACACGAUGGACGUGACCCGUCCCGCCAGCCUGGCAGGAAGCCUCCCCGCCCUCACCUGAGCGUCCCGGCAGGCCCGGAACCUUCCAGCAGAACUUUGCGAGCGCGCGCCCUGACAAAAAUGCGAGUAAGCCGCUCCAAUGUUCUGCUGGGCUGCGUCCUCCUCUGCUCGGCCUCCUUGCUCUACCUAGGCCUGAGCGGGCUGGACUGCCCCACCAAAAGUCAGCGCUCCCGCUGGUCGGCACUCCGCCGAAGCUCGGCUAAUCCCAACGCCUCGCUGAACGAACGCCUUCCCGAGGACACGCCCCUCAUAUUCAUCGGUGGGUUCCCCCGCAGCGGCACCACACUGAUGCGGGUCAUGCUGGAUGCCCACAAGGCUGUCCGCUGCGGGGAGGAGACCCGUGUCAUCCCGCGGCUACUCACCAUGCGAGCGUCCUGGAGCCGCUCCGUCAAGGAGCGCAUACGCCUGGACGAAGCCGGCGUCACCGACCAGGUCCUUGACACAGCCGUGCGCGCCUUCCUAUUAGAGGUAAUCGUGGGCCACGGCGAGCCAGCCCCCCGUCUGUGCAACAAAGACCCAUUCGCCUUGAAGUCGCUCACGUACUUAGCUCACAUCUUCCCCAAGAGCAAGUUUGUGCUGAUGGUGCGCGACGGACGCGCUUCCAUACACUCAGUCAUCUCACGCAAGGUUACCAUUUCGGGUUUCGAUCUGAACAACCCGCGCGACUGCCUGAGCAAAUGGAGCAACGCUGUGGAGACCAUGUUCAACCAGUGUGUGGCGGCGGGACACGAGCGCUGCUUGCCGGUGCGCUAUGAGCACUUGGUGCUGCAGCCCGAGCAGGAGAUGAGGAAGCUGCUGCGCUUCCUGGAGCUUCAGUGGGACCCGGCCGUCCUGCACCACGAGGAGCUCAUCGGCAAAGCCGGCGGGGUCUCCCUGUCCAAGGUUGAGCGCUCUACCGACCAGGUGGUGAAGCCGGUGAACACAGACGCACUGGCCAAGUGGGUGGGCCACAUCCCCGAUGACGUCGUGGAGCACAUGGCCGAGGUGGCUCCCAUGUUGGCUCGACUGGGCUACGACCCACGUGCCAACCCGCCAGACUAUGCCCGCGCACCUUCGCUCUCCAACCCCGCACUGGUGGCGGAACCUUCUGGACUCGGCUAGAGAACCAAACAGGGCACCAGAACCUUCAACACAAUCGCCUUGUGGACCUGAGACGCACUUCCCGUCGCACCCGCCACGCCUCGUUGACAUCAUUCUGCCUUGUCCCGCCCCCUUCUUCAUCUGUGGACUCUUACGCCAACAGCGCCGCCACGGGUCUGGCAGCGUCAGAACCACUCGUUGGACGUUUUUAAAACUUUUUAAUAAAUUAUUCCGAGACCAAUGGACGCUCGACGGAGCUCGUCUGUACGUCACAUGCUCACUCUCAUUAUCGGUCUCCAUUGUUGCCAACAAUAAACAGGUGACAAGUAAGACUAAUUUAUUUAGUGGCUAAUUGCUAUCACCAGAUCUUUUUAGCACACGUGUCAAAAAGUGGGUCCACUUCCUGUUUCUUGCUGUAUGAUCGCGGACCAACAUCACAACUUUCACAAGCUUGUUUACAUGAUUCCCUCCUUAACAGAAACUGAUAAUACAGCACUGUCCUCAUAUACGAACACCUUGACUUAUGAGUUUUCUGAGGUACGCAGCACUAAAUGUAAUUUCAUCACCGAUACCACUGAGUGGUGGCAAGAAAGCUCCCUCAAUUCAUGUUGCUUUCCUUGCAGUGGAAGGACUAAAGAGCCAUAAAGCUGCUUUGCCAACCGUUAAUCAAGAACAAGGACAAUAUGUUAGGUACAAAUAGGUUUUGUGCUCACUUUGUUUUUGUGGCUGCUGGAACAGAUGAUUUUUCAUUUCAAUGGGGAAAUAUGAUUUAAUAUACAAGCAUAGUUGUAAAACAAAUUAAACUUGGAUGUCAAUGCA